AUGUCGCCAUAUCAACAUCUCUUCUCCACUAAUGCCGUCCUGGGUGUCUGGCGCAACCUCCGUAACACCAAAGAUAACAACGAUCUUUUGCUCACCUUACAGUACCACCAAGAAGAUCUCCAGAGACAAAAAGGAAAGAAAUAUACCAAAGGGGGGGUUUCAGAAAGCACACAAGAGGUUUCAGAUGGAAAGACAGUGGAUGUGGGUGGAAAGAGUAUAGGCUUCGUGGUACCAUGGCGGGCGAUGCAGAGCCAAAGACGGGAGUUGAAGGAAAGGGAAAAGGAGCUUGCUGAAGCACUAGUAGCACUUGCUGGAGAAGUCGCCUUUACUGACCUUGCGCCAACCCUUCAGUCUUCUCUUACUCAGAAUCCGCUGGUCCAAAUUCGCCACCUCGCAGCCGGUCUAUCACGGCAGAUGUCCAAAAUCGAAUUUCAGAUGAUCGACAAUGCUCCCUUCGCCAAUGGCAAGAACCUAUACACGGGCGGGGAAGUGGCCCAGAAGUUUCUCCCCUCCAUCCAGACUCUCUUUGAGCAAAAGCCCGUUCCUCAGCGCAUCAUCUUCGAACUAUUGAUGGAACUGAAAGACCUAGUCUACAUGGCCAUGGCAGGCUGCUCAAAAGAAUUCUUAGAGCAUGGACUAGACAGCACAGGAACCAGCUCCCUGGAAGAACUCGACGACGCAAUCGUACGAGCCAUCACACCUCCACCACACACCCUCGAAUCCCACCAGCCAAAAGAACUAGAACAAAGCCACAAACGCUCACUUCGCCGCAAAGCCUCAAGCCUCCUCUCCAAACCCCCAAAACAAGAUCACCCAGCCCCAUCUUUUCUCCUUUCCGUCCCCGAAGAACUACUCUACAACCUCGAGUCCCUCGAAACCACCGCCCUCGCAUCCACCCAGCUCCCCCUCCCUACCCCGGACUUCUGCGCCCACGCCAUUAUAACACUGCGCCGUCUUACCUCCCGCUCGCUUCUAUCCGACUUUUCACAGCAAAAGAAGAAGAGAGCGCAAAAAUGUGCGGAGUACGCGCGGUGUACCAAGUGGGCUGGAGCGCAAUGGCGGCAGAACGGCGGGUGUGGCCGGGGAUGCAAGAAUGAAGAUGAGGACCCGGAGGGUUUGCCGAGUUGGCAUAGGUGUAGUCGCUGGUUUGAUGAGAGAGGCGGUGGGACGUGUAUGGUUGGUGGGGGGCGGGCGGUGGAGAGGGAGGAUGGGUUUGGGGUUGUUAGGAUGACGGCGGUGUGA